ACAGCUGUCAGUAGGGGAAAGACCGAGAGAGAAAGAGAGAGAGUGAGAGAGAGAGGAGAGAGAAAGUAGUUGCACAGAGAGAAGAGAAGAGGAGAGAAAAGUAGACUUGGGAGGGGGAAGAGCGCAGGCAAACAGAAAGCGGUUAUCUGUUUGUUUUUCUUCUCCGAUCUGCACCGUUCACCACCAUGCCUUCCCGUAGAAGAACUCUCUUGAAGGUCAUCAUUCUCGGUGACAGCGGGGUGGGGAAGACGUCUUUGAUGAAUCAAUAUGUGAAUAAGAAGUUUAGUAAUCAGUACAAGGCAACCAUUGGAGCGGAUUUUUUAACCAAAGAAGUGCAAUUUGAGGAUAGGCUUUUCACCUUACAGAUUUGGGAUACAGCUGGCCAAGAAAGAUUCCAAAGCCUUGGAGUUGCUUUCUAUCGUGGUGCUGAUUGCUGUGUUCUUGUAUAUGAUGUCAAUUCAAUGAAAUCCUUCGACAACCUUAACAACUGGAGGGAGGAAUUUCUGAUUCAAGCAAGUCCUUCCGAUCCAGAGAAUUUUCCUUUUGUUGUUAUAGGAAACAAGAUAGAUAUUGAUGGUGGGAACAGUAGAGUGGUCUCAGAAAAGAAGGCUCGGGCUUGGUGUGCAUCGAAAGGAAAUAUCCCAUAUUUUGAGACGUCUGCCAAAGAAGGUAUUAAUGUUGAAGAAGCAUUCCAAUGCAUAGCAAAGAAUGCCCUGAAAAGUGGAGAAGAGGAAGAAUUAUACCUGCCAGACACAAUUGAUGUUGGAAACAACAAUCAGCAACGGGCAACCGGAUGUGAGUGCUGAAUAUAUAGAUUUUCUUUCCAAUACAAAUAAAGUAUAUUACUUAAAAUGAUUUCGCCGUGUUUAGCCGAGGUUUCAUUGUACAUUAGUGUUUGUUUGCUCAAGAAACAAAUUGGUCCAAUGCUAUAUGUUGGGUACUUGUUUGGUUUGUGUUAAUCGAUCAUAUCAGUUGUUCUACUUGUAUGCUAUUACGAUAUUGUGAAAGAAACAGGGUAAGAUCAUUCUGAAGUUAUUUGUUUCAUUGUUUAUCUUUCAUGCUCGUACAUCAAUAUUUUGCCCGUCUAUUUUCAUUU